AUAAGGGGUCGUUAGAACGGUGUCGUUUUAUUUUAGUCUCUGUCAGGCAAGCUCUGUAGCUGCCUUAUGUUUUGGGGGCUCAGCUAUGCUGCUUAGGGUUUUUGGACUCUCAGAACCGGAAUUGCAGAGAGGAGGUUUAAGUGGCGAAAGCGCUUUAGCUUCAUCAGUAAAUAGUUCUCUCCUUCUGCCAUGGAUCCUUCAUCUCUGGACUCGGCCGAGUUGCAGCAGUUCAUCAAUCAAGAGAAGGAGAAGGCCUUGCUUAAUGAAAUGGUGGCAAAGCUCACAACAGUGUGCUGGGAUAAGUGCAUCACCAGUACGCCAGGAAACAAGUUCAGCUCUAGUGAAUCAACAUGCCUUUCCAACUGCGCUCAGCGCUAUAUGGACAUGAGCCUUAUCAUCAUGAAACGCUUCCAGUCCAUGCACUGAAGUUUUGCAGAAUACUUCUGUUGUCUCAGCAACAAAAAGCUGUUGCCAUUUUUUCCCCCUUAAUUGGCCUGUGUCAUCAGCUAUUUUCGUUUGAGAGCAUUUUGGAUCUUGGUCAUUCCGAAUUUUCUUGAAGACCUCCAUGGAUAUCAUUGAUUGUUCCUGUAUUCAAAAAAAGGCAAAUAAAAUCUCUCGUUGUGGAUUUUAUAA